GAUGUCAAUGCAAAAAUUAACCGAUGCCACAAAUUCCGGUUAUGUUAGCUCAGAAGAAACAGAUUCUCUCCUAGUCUCACAAACACCCAAAUGCAAGUCGUCGGUAUUAAGACAACUCAAAAUGAAUUCAGCUAAUGGACCAACAACGAAUAACAUGACUUCCACAGCGUCACAGAAGCCCACACUGAUGCGACAGGAUCGAACUUCCACAUAUCUGACGAGUCCCCAGCUGUCGCAGCAAACUCGAUUGGGUUCGGAUGACAGUGAUCGCGAUGGCAGUGCAAGUUGCCGCGCGGCCGAUGAAGAUGUUGAACAGGGGCUUCGGACGGCAACAGUGCCUGAUAUUGAAGUAUAUCAAGAGGACCAAGAUUACAAUCAGAAUCAAUCAAAUCAAACACAAAAUCAUCAACAGCAACAACAUCAGUUGUCUUCAUCUGCUCCCACAACCUCCAUACAAACACAACAACAUCAACAACAACAGCAGCAUCAUCAACAGCCAACAACUAAUAAGCUGCAACAACAACCGACCAUAUCAAUAACGAAUUUAAAUAACUCGUAUCCCGACAACAAUGCGAGCACCACCACCAACAUGGGAACAUCCUCAUAUCAGAAUCUCUCAUCGAAUCCAUUGUCUCCGAGUGCCCAAAAUCGUUGUCGUGCCUGCAGAAACUGCAGCCGACGUGCCUCAACCACACCUAUAUCGACCACAGGUCACAUGGAUCGUUCAACUUCACGUGAUAGCGUUAAAAGUGCCUUUCAACAAGGAAAUCUGGGUGGUUCCCUGGUCGUGUAUGGCGGCUCAAAUAAUGCCCUGCCGCACAAUGUGCCACCUGUACUGGUUACAUCGUCGCCAACGAACGGUUCGCGUAUCAUCCGACAAAGUUCACAGCCAGAAUCAAGCACAAGUGGUGUAUGUUGUGGAGCCCAUAGCACAUGUGGUCAUUCGCAUACUGUGCCGAAUGUCUCCCUCAAACAGUUACGCUCAACAGAAACUGAUGGUAUAGCUGGUAUAGCGGCAGAUUCGUUGCGAAUCAAUGGUGGCAUGCGGCCAUUUAAACAGGGUGUCCUACUAAUGCCUCGUACAUUGUCCGAAAGCCGAAAAUUGCGACUUAGAAGAGCUUUUACUGAGGCCACACAUGAAUCACUGCAAUGCUCGAAAAUGGUAUUUAAAUUUUGUUGAACAAAU